AUGGGAGCUUUCGGGAAGUUGAUCGACGUGGUUCUAUUCUUAUACUUCGCUCUAAUGGCGGUUAUCGCGCCGUUAAUAGACGGCCAAACGUCACUUCCUAAAGGAAUCUUCCCGGCGUUUCUCACCGAUCUGAAAAGCAGCUACAUUACCGAUUUCGGAGACUACUUGCUCUUGGAGAAACCGCAUUUCCUCGUCGGACUCGUAUGGCACGAGCUUGUAUUCCUUUGGCCUCUCUCGAUUGCUAACGUCUACGCGAUUCUGGCCGGAAAGUCGUGGUUCGGUACCACCUGCUUGCUGUACGGAGCUUCCCUCGUGACUUCCAUGGCUGCAAUUCUGGGAGAGAUGAUAGGUUCGGGGAAGGCAUCUGAGAGAUUGCUAACGAUGUAUGUGCCUUUCAUGGCUGUUGGGAUUCUUGCUGUUCUUCGUGGUUUGGUUUCUCGCUCCACCAAAAGCUCAGCAUCUGUUGGCAAGAAGAGAUCCACUAUUAUGCCUAGAAGAAAGCUGGCCUGA